CCCACUGCGAGCUCCCCUGAGGCGACCGGUCCUUCCGCCUGCUCUGCUCCCCCAGAAAAAAAAAAGAGCGAGACGGCGGCGAGGCGAGGGUGGAGAUGCGGCCGCGCGGUCCCAUCGACCACGCCGGGAGGCUUCCGACCGGCGGCGAGAUGCGAGGCAGCGCUGCGGCUGUUCCGUGAGGCUGAUCCGCCGAGGCACCGUUCAAUCAUCAGUUCCCGCAAGCAUCCAUUGUUGUUUGAAGCACGCCGCUCGCCGGCGGCGACCAACGGAGGUCCGAACUCCGCCGUCCACAAGCAUCAAACAACCGAACUGAAGGAACGAAAAACAGCAGUGACAUGGACAGACACGAUUUACUAAUCUACGAACAUUCACCGCUGCAAAUCCAUGGAUUCACGAGCUGUCAACAGAGACCUGUCAAAGUAGGCAACAUAAGCAUAUCCAUGAGGCGCAAUCGUGGCUUCAUAUCCUCGAGCUCUUCGAUCUCUGGUGCCAGACAAGAAGCUAAGCAAACGGGGUUCAUGUAUCUCACAGCAACGUCCGAUGAUGACGAUCGAUGGAUCCAAGGAGGUACAUAUCCUUUGCAUACGAAGAACAAGAGGCGUGCAACGUGCGUGUUGCAUAUACUGUUCUACUCCCUCUGUAAACUAAUACAAGAUCGUUUAGAUCAUCAUUCUGUCAUUUCAAAAUAUAUAUAUACCUCCAAGGGAGCUUGAAUUUUUUCCCAUGCCAGUAAAAUGGACACUCUCACUGUAUUGCAUAAUUUAUAUACACAUUUACUAACUACUACCCGGGUGCUUAUUGCACACACACAUAGUCAAGUCUACCCAUACACGUGCAUCACGGUGUGUGUGACCAAUGUGAUGGAAAACGAAUGGAUAAAUGAAUGUGACGGCCAAACCAUCAGCUAGGGCAGGCUGGAAGGACCCAUUAUCACAUCACUCAACACUCAUCCAUGAAGGAAGCAGUAGGUUCUAUUGCUGUUGGCUGAGAAUGGCAGGCGGGACCGGUCUGGAUGGAAGUUGGAGCAGUACCUAUGAUGGAGGUUGGAACAGUGCAUGGCAUCAAUACCGCUUGACUAUGUAGCUAAGCUAGAGAGCAAAGCUUAAGAAGUUGGCAGGGUUUGCGGUUCUCUUGUGCACCAAGUGAAGUGAUUCCUCCGUUGCUCCAAUCCUGUCUCGUAUUUGUUGGAAUUUGUAGAGAUUUUACAGUUCCUGAUCCGAGGAGGGGAGAUGUCGGACGAGGAACAUCAUUUCGAGUCGAGGGCCGACGCGGGUGCGUCGAAGACCUACACGCAGAAGGCCGGCACCAUCCGGAGGAACGGGUACAUCGUCAUCGACAACCGCCCCUGCAAGGUUGUUGAGGUUUCAACAUCUGAAACUGGAGAUUAUGGCAGCUGCCACUUUGUUGCCAUUGACAUCUUCACCGCCGAGAAAUUUGAAUAUAGUGUGUCGUCUUCUGACAACUGUUAUGUUCCUCAUGUGUAUCGCACUGAUUACCAGCUCAUUGAUAUAACUGAUGAUGGAUAUGUGAGUCUGCUGACUGACAAUGGUAACACCAAAGAUGACCUCAAGCUCCCAACUGAUGAUGCCCUUCUUUGCCAGAUCAAGGAUGGCUUUGCCGAAGGGAAGGACCUAAUGGUGUCAGUCAUGUCCGCCAUGGGAGAAGAGCAGAUAUGUGGUCUCAAGGACAUCGGCCCGAAGUAAACCGUGCCCUGAUGGCCGUCGAUUUGGGUGUCAAGGGAAGGGACAAAGGCUCCCUGACAACAGUCACAGCCACUAAGUAUAUGUAUCACAAAAAUAAGUUGUCUGGGUUUCCUUGAUCUGUGGUCCUAAAUUGGCAGCUCACUGUAUCCUAAAACAUCCUCCUCUGCCUCCGGUCCAGGGGUUUAUUGGCACCUGUUGCCUACUGGUGUUGCCUACCCUAUCUGAUUUUUGAGAUAUAUCUGUGCAUUCUCUACCCCA